AUGUCAAGGCGCCCUACCGACGUUGCGAAUAAGGAGCGCAACGAAUAUAUCCCAUCCUUCAUAUCAAAGAAGCCCUUCUACGUCGACGAUGAUUCCUCUCCUAACGAUUAUCUCGAACACCAACGUCUCCACAAAGAAAAAGAAGAACAGAAAUGGUAUGAUAGAGGGAAGCGCGUUGGCCCAGCGGCCACCAAGUACCGAAAAGGCGCUUGUGAAAACUGCGGCUCGAUGACACAUAAGACCAAAGAGUGCCUGAGCAGGCCGAGGAAGUAUGGCGCGAGAUGGACCGGCAAAGACAUCCAAGCAGACGAACAUAUACAAAAGGUAGAGCUGGGCUGGGAUGCAAAAAGAGACCGGUGGAAUGGCUACGAUGCAAAAGAAUAUCAGAGUGUUGUUGAGGAAUAUGAAGAACUGGAGGCACUGAAGAAAAAAGCCAAAGAUGAUGCUGUAUCAGAGCGAAAAGCAAUGGAGGGAGAUAAUGAUGGUGAAGACGGCGACGGUGACGGCACAGCAGAAGCUAGAUAUGCGGAAGAAUCAGAGAUGGGACGGCAACAGGGCAAAGGCACUCGAAAUCUACGAAUACGAGAAGACACAGCAAAGUAUCUACUUAACUUGGACCUCGACUCUGCGAAGUACGACCCGAAGACUCGAUCUAUGGUAGAUAUGGGUGCACAGUCAGAUCAAGCUGCCGCGCUGGUCGCGGAAGAGAACUUUAUGCGAGCUUCAGGUGACGCUCAAGAGUUUGAAAAGGCGCAAAGGUAUGCCUGGGAAACACAAGAGCGGGGCGACGCCAACAGACAACAUCUACAGGCCAACCCUACUUCCGGGGAGUACUACAGGAAAAAGCAUAAAGCUGAAAUGGACGCUAAAAAGGUUGCGGACAAGAAAGCUUUACUGGAAAAGUAUGGUGGCGGAGAACACCUGCAGGCCGGCCCGCUACGAGAUAUGGCGGUCAUUGAAAACGAAAGAUUUGUUGAAUACGAUGAAACGGGAGCAAUCAAGGGGGAACCCAAGCCCGCUGCUAAAUCAAAAUAUGCAGAGAAUGUUCUCAUAAACAACCAUACCACUGUCUGGGGCAGUUGGUGGUCCAAUUUCAACUGGGGCUAUGCCUGCUGCCAUUCCACUGUGAAGAACAGCUAUUGUACCGGGAAAGAGGGGAUAGAAGCGUUUGAGCAGGCUCAGAAUAUGCUCCAAAUAGAAGCGGGAGAUGACGACGGUAAUCAAGCUCCUCCAGAUGAUGCAGAAAAGGAGAAGAAUACGGAGGAGAGCCACAUUAAGCCUGUUACCAACUCACAAAAGAAACGCAGCCGCCAUGAGCUUGAACUGGGCGUCACAGAAGAGGAGCUUGAAGCGUACAAGAAAGCUCGAACCGCAGCAGCAGAUCCCAUGGCUGCUUUCCUCGGCAAGGAUGAACUACUCUCAUAA